AUGCAGUUCUCCUAUACCUUCAUUGCUCUCGUGGCCGCCGGUCUCGCCAGUGCUCAGUUACCCAACGUGCCGUCCUGCUCCCUCAAUUGUUUUGUGACGGCUCUCACUACCGAUGGCUGCUCAGGCCUGACUGAUUUCAAUUGCCACUGCCAAAAGACGCAGCUUGUCAGUCAGAUCACGCCCUGUGUCCAGAAGGCUUGUGACGUCGCCGACCAGUCCUCUGUGUCUAGUGUUGUGGUCUCUCAGUGCUCUGCUGCUGGUCAUCCUGUCUCAAUUCCUAACCCUGGUGCGGCGUCUUCGACCGGGACUGCCACCACCACUACUACUGCGGCUGCAACAACCACCUCGGCUGCCUCUCCUACUAGCAGCUCCUCCAGCUCUAGCAGCAGCAGCAGCAGCUCGAGUGCUGCUACCACUUCCACCGCCACUGUCACCCCUACGCCUUCGUCUUCUGGCUCAUUUGCGACCACGUCCACCCCAGUAGGCUCUUCCAUCUCAUCAGCUAGUGGGAUUGGAGCAACUACUUCUGCUGGCGCCUCUACUUCUGCUGGCUCAUCCACUGCUUCUGCCUCUGCAUCACAGUACACCGGCGCUGCUUCUAAUGUCAAAGGCAACAUGGCCGGUGCCGCUGCUGUUGCUGCUGUUGCGGCUUACAUCUUGUAG